CAUGGUGAGUGAGGCGGAGGGGCGGACGCAGCCGCCUCAGCCGCCGCCGCCUCAGCCGCCUCAGCCGCCCGGGAACGGCGAGCGGACCCUGGCCGGGGCCCCCGCCCCUCCCGCCAACGCCGCCAACGCCGCCAACGCCGCCGCCCUCUGCUCCGGACCCUGGGCCAUGGCGGACGGUUACCUCAGGAGGCGGACCGCGAUGGGGCAUCCAGGCAUGCACUAUCCUCCCAUGGGAAUUCACCCAAUGGGCCAGAGACCACCAAAUAUGCCACCUGUUCCACACGGGAUGAUGCCGCAAAUGAUGUCCUCAAUGGGUGGACAUGCGAUGGGACAAAUGUCCGGAAUGAUGUCUUCAGUCAUGCCUGGAAUGAUGAUGUCGCAUAUGUCCCAGACUUCUAUGCAGUCAGCCUUACCGAAAUCAAUGUGGACUGAGCAUAAAUCACCAGAUGGAAGGACGUAUUAUUACAAUACUGAAACAAAGCAGUCUACAUGGGAGAAACCUGAUGAUCUUAAAACACCUGCUGAGCAAUUAUUGUCUAAAUGUCCCUGGAAGGAGUAUAAGUCUGACUCUGGCAAGCCUUACUACUAUAAUUCUCAAACAAAAGAGUCACGUUGGGCAAAACCCAAGGAACUUGAAGAUCUUGAAGGAUACCAGAAUACCAUUGUUGCUGGAAGUCUUAUUACAAAAUCAAACCUGCAUGCUAUGAUCAAAGCUGAAGAAACCAGUAAACAGGAAGAUUCUCCCACAACGUCAUCCGCACCUGUCCCUACAACAGAAAUCACAAGUACGAUGAGUACAAUGGCUGCGGCCGAAGCCGCGGCCGCCGUGGUCGCCGCCGCGGCCGCUGCUGCCGCCGCCGCAGCCGCCGCGAACGCCAACGCCAAUUCUUCCUCUGCCCCGGCCACGAUGGUCACCGCCACGACUCCCACGGCCGGCGAGGGCGAGGUCACUUCCAUUGUUGCCACUGUCAUAGACAAUGAAGGCACCACAACAAUCUCAACGGAGGAACAAGCACAAGUUAUCUGUACUCCUGCCGCUCAGGAGCAAAGUGCAGAAGCGGCCGCUAACGUGACGGAGGACGUGUCUAAGCAGGAGGCUUCAGCAGAUUACACUCCCAAAAAGGAAGAAGAUGAUAACCAGCCUGCCAAAAAAACAUAUACCUGGAACACAAAAGAAGAAGCAAAGCAAGCAUUUAAAGAAUUGCUGAAAGAGAAGAGAGUACCAUCCAAUGCCUCUUGGGAACAAGCAAUGAAAAUGAUCAUUAAUGAUCCCAGAUACAGUGCUCUAGCGAAGCUGAGUGAAAAAAAACAAGCAUUUAAUGCUUAUAAAGUCCAGACAGAGAAGGAAGAAAAAGAAGAAGCUAGAUCAAAAUACAAAGAAGCUAAGGAAUCCUUUCAGCGUUUCCUUGAGAACCAUGAUAAGAUGACCUCCACAACUCGAUACAAAAAAGCUGAACAAAUGUUUGGCGAGAUGGAGGUCUGGAAUGCUAUAUCAGAGCGGGACCGGCUUGAAAUUUAUGAAGAUGUCUUGUUCUUUUUGUCAAAAAAAGAAAAGGAACAAGCAAAGCAGUUACGAAAGAGAAAUUGGGAGGCACUGAAAAACAUUCUUGACAACAUGGCGAAUGUUACGUAUUCUACCACGUGGUCGGAGGCACAGCAAUAUCUCAUGGAUAAUCCCACCUUUGCAGAGGAUGAGGAGCUGCAGAACAUGGACAAAGAAGAUGCGUUGAUAUGUUUUGAAGAACAUAUUCGGGCCCUGGAGAAAGAAGAAGAAGAAGAAAAACAAAAAAGUUUGCUCCGGGAAAGAAGACGGCAGCGUAAAAAUAGGGAAUCUUUUCAGAUAUUUUUGGAUGAACUGCAUGAACACGGACAGUUGCAUUCUAUGUCAUCUUGGAUGGAGUUGUACCCAACCAUAAGUUCUGAUAUUAGGUUUACUAACAUGCUUGGUCAGCCGGUUUUUUCAUUAGGAUCAACUGCACUUGAUCUUUUCAAGUUUUAUGUUGAGGAUCUAAAGGCACGCUAUCAUGAUGAAAAGAAGAUCAUAAAAGAUAUUCUAAAGGAUAAAGGAUUUGUGGUUGAAGUGAAUACCACUUUUGAAGACUUUGUUGCAGUCAUCAGUUCAACUAAAAGAUCUACCACGUUAGAUGCCGGAAAUAUCAAACUAGCUUUCAAUAGUUUGUUGGAAAAGGCCGAGGCCCGGGAACGUGAAAGGGAAAAAGAAGAGGCUCGUAAAAUGAAGAGGAAAGAGUCUGCAUUCAAGAGUAUGUUGAAGCAAGCUGCUCCUCCAAUAGAAUUAGAUGCCGUCUGGGAAGAUAUUCGGGAGAGAUUUGUAAAGGAACCUGCAUUCGAAGAUAUCACUUUGGAGUCUGAAAGAAAAAGAAUAUUUAAAGAUUUCAUGCACGUGCUUGAGCAUGAAUGUCAGCAUCACCAUUCAAAGAACAAGAAACACUCUAAGAAAUCUAAAAAGCAUCAUAGAAAGCGUUCCCGCUCUCGAUCGGGUUCGGAAUCAGAUGAUGAUGAUAGUCAUUCAAAGAAAAAGAGGCAGCGUUCAGAAUCCCGCUCAGCUUCAGAGCGCUCUUCAAGUGCAGAAUCUGAGAGAAGUUAUAAGAAGUCAAAAAAGCAUAAGAAGAAGAGCAAAAAAAGGAGGCACAAGUCUGAUUCUCCGGAGUCUGAUGCUGAACGGGAGAAAGACAAGAAAGAGAAAGAUCGAGAAAAUGAAAAAGAUAGAGCUAGACAGAGGUCUGAGUCAAAACACAAAUCACCUAAAAAAAAGACCGGAAAGGAUUCUGGUAAUUGGGAUACUUCUGGCAGUGAACUGAGUGAAGGGGAAUUAGAAAAGCGGAGAAGGACCCUCUUGGAACAGCUGGAUGAUGAUCAGUAAAAUAAGAUACCAAAUAUAUGUUUACAAAAUGACAAAAUAAAGAGAAACGUACAUAGUGCAGGACAGGGAUUCUGAUGUUUUAAGUUCCAUUGAAGCAACACUGGUUUUUAAGUGUGUCACAGGAAGAAGUGAAUUUCAGGAACGUUGCAAAGGAUUUGACUUUUAAAUCUGCAGAAGCAAAGGAAAUUCCAACACCAAGGUGAAAACCCCUCUGUGUCUGUCCAGAGAACCACAAGAAGAUCCCAGCGGCCGUGAUCCCCUUUAGAGGGCCCUGUGGCUAAUAGUGCUUCACUACUUCUUCCCGUUCCUUCCUUUUGUGUUCUAAAGUCAAAACCGUGCUAUUAUUUUGGGGAGGGGGAGGGGGGUUUGUAUUUUUUUCCAGCGGUUUGAUUGGCUUUGCAGAAGAUGGAUUUUGAGGAUAUAAUGAAACCAUUUUUGAUGUUUAGUGGUACAAAAAAAGGAGCACCAGCAACAGAUAAGAUGGCUUUUUUGUGCGCUACCAGUUUAGACUGAUGUGAAUUUUUAUGGCAAAGACAUACUAAAAUUAGGGGUUUACAAUGGCAGGCUGUUAGACCCUUAACUAUAGUGGAACUAACAAGGGGCUGCUGCAAAGAUAACCACCAUUGUUAGUUUUCAACACCUGAGUGAUGAGAGGGGCUGUUAUGAGGGCAUUAUUUGAACACCUGUUUCGAGAUGAUGUUAAAAAUAUUAACAUCAAAUCAAAUUGUAAAUUACUUUAAAAGUGUUGCCUUAAGGACCUAUUAAAGAACGGGCCACCACAUUUUAAGUGACAGUUGCAAUAUUCUUGUCUUAAAAAAAAAAUGAAAUGAUUCUUGUUUCCUCUCCCCUCACCCCUACUUUGGGUUUUCAUUGAGGACAAGUUCUACCUUCCCUCCUCAGUGAGAAAUAUUGACUUCUCUGGUACACAUUCUGAAGCAUUUCUGAUUGGAAUAUUUUUGUACAUUUUUAUCAAUUAUUAAACCUUCUCUUCUAGCGUGUACUAGUAUUUAUUUCUACUUAAAAUACUCUGUACAGCUCUAACAAAGGCAUACUUUACGAUUAGUUCAGUGGCACAACAGUGUAAUGUAUUUGCUCUGAAACCUUUAGAAGAGUUUCACAGUCAUCUCCCUUCCCAUGUACUUCACUACGGUUUUCUAAUGACACGCUUGUGAGUAUUAUAAAUCAAUGCAUAUAAGGUCCCCUUAUCUGAAAUUUGUGCUUUGAACUACAGUGUUGAUGUGGAAUAUUUUGCUUAAUGUUUUGGUUUAAGAAUGGAUAAAGCACCCAUUUUUAUGAGUAGCUUCAGAGAGCGGUGUCUUUUGUUAUUUGAAAGAUGAAGCCCUGGUUAGGAGACUUGCCUUCCCUUGGGGUAAGGACCCUUCAUAAAAUGAGAUUUUUUUUUUUCUUUCCAAUCCAACCAUGCAUAGGCCGUAUUUGGUGCAAGAACGAUGUGGUCGCUCAGUGCCGGAUUAACCCUUCUUCUGUUAGUUUAAUCGGAGAAACAUCCCUUCUGUAGAGAUGGGUCAAGUGAGACUCGAAGUAAGUCUCCCUUCACUGUACGGAAAGGGAAGGAUGGUUUUAUGUAGUGCAAACGGGGAUAUGAUUCCCUGUUUGACCAGUUUAAAUGGUUUCAGCUUAGAGGAAAAUCGCAGGAAAUUGUGAUUAUUCUAGGGUUUUUUGGAUGGUUCUUUUUUUACCCCCAUUUCUGCAGUCAUUUUCUACUGACGCAUCCUGACGUCUGUCUUGGUUGUGCAGGAGACUUGAGACUAGAGUGAAACUUGUGUGAGAGAAUGGGAAUUAAUCCUAACGGGAUCCCUUAAGGUUUUAUUUUCCUGUUUUUAGAAGUAGAGGCUAUUGUAAAGUUUAUGGGGGUGGGGAGUUUUGAUUUGUUUUUAGUUUCUGACAGGGAACCCCCAUUUAUGUUUGGGAUUACAAUGAACAGUGCUAAUCAAGUCCAAUAUUCGUUUGCCAUGGAAUUAGAAGUGGGAAAAUCUUAAAAUGCUUAUAAUUUUGUGCAAAGGUAGUUAUGCUUGGCAAGGCAGUUUAGAGUUUGUGUAAGACACUUUUGCUUUUAUAAUUUUCAUGGAGGAAAAUUUUUUAAGUAAAUAUUACUUUAAAAGUUUUUGUCUUUAUUUUUCCAUUAAAAUAAAAAGCUGUAUAUAAUAA